AUGUCUCACAACAAUUCAUCCAUUUCCACAGCGGCCAACACAUCCAAACGAGGAUUGGGAAACCUCAAGGUUGAGCUCUUGAAUGAGCAGAAACAGGAAAUCAGAGAGGCUUUCUCUCUUUUCGAUAUGAAUAAUGAUGGCUACUUAGACUACCAUGAACUCAAAGUAGCCUUCAGAGCCCUAGGCUUUGAUUUGUCCAAGAGAGAAGUCCUUGACGUGAUACACGAGUACGACACAGACGACCGAAACUUGAUAUCGUACGAAAACUUCUUUCAAUCAGCAGUGGGCGAGAGAAUCGUCAACAGAGAUCCGUUGGACGAAGUGCGUCGUGCAUUCAAACUUUUUGACGAUGAUAAUACAGGGAAGAUAAGUUUAAGAAACUUGAGAAGAGUAGCCAAGGAAUUGGGUGAAAACUUGACCGAUGACGAGUUGAGAGCCAUGAUUGAUGAGUUCGACUUGGACGAAGAUGGAGAAAUAAACGAAGAAGAGUUUAUUAAGAUCUGCACUGAAUAG